AUGUCCACGCGCGCCCGCGCCACCCGAUGUUGUGCUCGACGCGCCCGCCUCCGCCCGCGUUCGCCACGGCCUGCUGCUGCCCUGCUGGCCGCCGCUCACUGCUGCGCACCGCCCCCGCUCGCCCCUCACCCGUGCGCUCGCCUGCGCUGCCCCAUGCCGCCGUUCCCGCACGCGGCCACAGACCCUUGCGCGCCCACGCCCUCGCCGCUGCUCGUGCGCGCCCCAGCGCCACUGCUCGUGCGCGCCCCAGCGCCACCACCUCCAACCGACGCCGCGCUCUGCCCGCUGCCGAGGGCACCCCUCCGCCGCCUCCGCUGGGCCUGGCCGCCGGCACCGUCGUGCGCCGAGCGUGCCCAGCGCCCCUCGGCACGCGCCCGUUCGGGCGCCUGCCUCGCCCGACCCGCUAGGCCCCUGGGGCCUAUGACAAGGGGCCCCACCCAAAACGUUUAA